AUGCCUCCUCGUGGUCGCCCUCGUGCGGCCGCGGCCGAAUUCGAUUCCGAAGUACUUCCCGAAAGACCAUCUCCAUCGUCCCUCGAGGAGCGCGAACCACCUCCGCCCUUCUUCAACACCACCUUUUCCACCCAUCGCGCAUCGCCGCUGUACGUCGGCGCCAAUACCCUGAGCUUUCCUCGAUUACAGGCACUGUCGCAGCGCUUACGCGACACGCUCGUGGGAGACGUUGUCAGAGGUGUACAGGUUGGGCUGGAAGGCAGCGACAGCUCUCUAGGACGCGCCGGCCCGCUGGAAAAAGUUGGAAUACGAUGGGUUGGCGUUGAAGCUCUACUAGGCGGCGCGGACGAUACGGACCCCGACCUGAGCAGGGAUCUUAGCAGCGAUGGUGUCGAGACCGAUGAAACCGUCCGCAAGAAGAGAUGCCUUGUAUUCGAGAUGAGAUACGAGAACGCGCUGUGCACAGCUGUGCUGCUACCAUCACUUUCUGAAAAGAUCACGGAAGAGCCUACUGCCGAACUGCAAUCGGCCAAUAGCCUCGGUGUGCCUGGGUUGCUUACCAGCAGCGGCACAAAAGAUGACAGGCACUUUUUGCAUCUACCUCUGCUUCUCCUUCGCAUGCCUGCACCUUUGAAAUCAGUUAUCGUUGACUUUCUGUCAAGCACAUUCGACUGCCGGAUUAGUUCGUUACGCUUGGGUACGAAAGGCCUGACUACCGCAUGGGAACGGUGGAUCGAAGAUGCCGGUCUCCCCUCACAGGGCCCUCUGGCAAAAGACAUGGUCUUGACCCUGGGAUUCUACAUACCACCCGCAGUGACCUCAGAUGGCACUGACGAACAACCCCCAGACGGGCUCGGAAUCAAGUCAAUCGACAUCAUCAUACCGGCUGAGGAGCUCAAGCGGUUUACAAAGGAAGGGAUGACGCUCACGAACCCGACGAUUAUCAACAGGGCAGGGCUCACUCAAGGCUACCAAGAGGAUCCUAGAAAGAGAAAAAAGCUCGCGGGCGGCAAAGCGGACGAAGGAUGGGGAUGGGUUGACCGCCAAAGGGAGCAUGACGAAGCGUUCUUGCAUGCUUUGGGUGCCUACUUGGAAAAGCAUCUCGCCCUGAAUCUCUUCCAUCCUGGCGUGAGAGUCACCAAGGUUGCUUGUGGCGGGUUCGUGCUCUCAGAGGGGCGCGUCAAGGUGUUUGUACCACCUGGCGAUGAUGAAGAGGUUUUUGAACCGGUCAAAAAUUUGAUCAGCGAUCUCAUUGCCAGCGCCAACUCCUGA